CGUAGACCCGCGAACCUAGCAUCCAACGUUCAUCGUCUCCUCACAACCAGCCAUGAAGCUUCGAGUCCUUCUCAUCGCUUUGAUUUCAACGGCGCUGGCGGAAGAACAGACCGAGAAGCGUUCCGCUCGAUCACCCCAGGCGCAAAUUAAGUACAAUGAUCCGAACGGCCUGAAGGUCAACUGGAAGUAUUUCGCUCCUCCGAGCCAAUGGCGACCUUACCUCCAAAACCCCGAAUCUUCUCAGCAACCACAGCAAGAUCAUCCUCAUCCAUCAGGCCUGAGUCAAGAGCAACUUCAGUCUCAACUGGUGCAAGUCGAAGGUGACACCUUGGAACACAGGUCGUUCGAGCAGCAUCAGACUGAGCCAGAAGCUCAGCAGGUCCCCAAUCAGAUACAAUACAGAACAUACGUUCAACCUCAGCCCGUGGAAUCACAGUCAGACGCUACUCAACCUGAUCCCAAUCAGAUUCAGUACAGCAAUUACCAAGAUCCAGCACCCUCUCACGCGAAGCAAGUGAUUCUGCAGAACUUCAAGCCUCAAAAUGCUCAUCCUGACCAAUCUUACAACUCUUAUCCGACUGGUAUCGCAGCUCCUCAGCAGUACAAUCAACAGCCAGCGAAUGCUGGCCUGGCCCAGUACGACCAAUCGUUAGAGAACUAUGAACAGGAGGAACAGCAGAAGUCUAGACGAGAGUACCCGGACAGAAGUUUGCAAGGCAGAAUCGUGUACAAGAGCGAUUAUGAGGAGCAGCAACAACAGCAACAACAGCCACAAUUGGAUCGCAUACCUGUACCCAUUGAGAGGCUACCAUCGCCUAUUCCUCACAAACUGGUUAUCGACAAGAAUAUGCCUAUGGAGAUCCGGCAGUUGCUGCAAUACCAGGCCCGGUUACCAUACGAGGUGAUCGCCAACAGCAUCUCUUAUAAACCAAAGUCGGUGUUUGUGCCAAAGCCACUGCCAGCUGAGACCAAGGGGCCGUACAACUACCGGAGCAAGGUUUACUAUGUGAACGACGACCAGUACGAGACUGACUAUGGCACGUCCAAGCCUGUUGAGGAAAAUCACAGGCACUGA